UUACUUUCUUCCCGGUUGAAAGAGAGAGAGAGAGAGAGAGAGAGAGAGUUUUCCAAAAAAGAAACAGAGAAGAAGGCGAAGGAGAAAGGCAAACCAGAAACAACAACCUUUCUUUUCAAUUUCAAUUUAGUUUCCUGAGUUUUUAAUGGGAGAAGGCGAAACGGAAGGUGAAGGCUUCUUCCCAACCAACAAGACACAGAAGUGGAGGAAGAGAUGCUGAAGAUCCUGAAGAAAAGCAUGUAUUUUCUGAGAAGAUGGGCUUCCGAUCUGGACUGGCGUCUCCUCCUCUUGAUCCUCACUCCUCUAUCCCUCCUCGUAUUCGUUUCUCUUUCUUCCUUCGCUAUAAACCCUUACAACCUCUUCUCUUCUUUCAAUCCUCUCAAAUCCUUUCUUUCUCCCCAAACACCUCAAUCCUCGCUCCCAUUCGUCACUCCUCCUCCACCUUCGUCUCCGAUCCCAUCCCCCAAUCCCAGAGAAUCGGCGGAGCAGAUGAAGAGGAGGAAGAGGAAAGAGGAGUUGGACCGGUCAAAAAUCGCGAUCUGUCUGGUAGGUGGUGCCAGGAGGUUCGAGCUCACGGGGCCUUCGAUCAUAGAUAAGGUUCUGAAGGUGUACAACAAGGCAGAUCUUUUCUUGCACAGUCCCUUGGACAAAGAUGCCUUCAAGUUCUCGCUAUUGAAGGUGGCUCCCAGGCUUGCUUCUGUUCGAAUCUUCAAACCCAAACCCUUGCCCGAAACAGAGGCACAACUCAGAGUCCUCACUUCCAGCAACUCUCCCAACGGGAUUCAGGGAUUGAUACAGUACUUCAACCUGGUAGAAGGGUGCAUUACGAUGAUCAAGGAGUAUCAGGUGCAAAACAACUUCACAUACGACUGGAUCGUCCGGACCCGAGUCGACGGCUACUGGUCCGCCCCACUCGGUCCCGAAAACUUCAAACCCAGACGGUACUUGGUUCCCCCUGGCUCCAGCUUCGGCGGCCUCAAUGACAGGCUAGGCAUCGGCGACCUCAACACCUCCACUGUCGCCCUCUCUCGUCUCUCCCUCAUCCCGCAGCUUGACGCUGCCGGUUUGCGGCGCCUCAACUCGGAGACGGCCUUCAAAUCCCAACUCAUCAUCCAAGGUGUCAGCCACUUCGCCAGACGCCUUCCCUUCUGCAUCGUCAGCGACCGUAAGUACUCCUACCCACCAAUGCGCUUCGGCGUUCCGGUUGCCUCGCUUUCCAGCCCCGGUCCACUCAGUGGGGCCAAGUGCAGGCCGUGCAAACCGGUUUGUUCCGGACCAUGCGUGGCUGACGUGAUGGGGACUCUGUACAAGGGUUGGAGUUGGACCGACUGGUCCAAUGGGACCCUUCAGCUUUGUGACGCCCAUGGCGAUUGGGAAAAAGGCUGGGAGAAAAUCUUCGACCGCGUCGCCGGUAAGAAGCUUGCGGCCGUUAGGAAACGAGUAUCGGUGUUAAAGUUAACGGAAUGCGUCAAUAAUUUAGAAGAGAUGAAGAGACGGACCGUUAAUUGGGAUGCCCCACCGGCGGGUGAUAUCUGUAAACUCGGACUGGAUCGCAACUAGAGGAGCCAACUUUCAAAGAUUCGUUUUUGU